AUGCGGUUCUCUCUUGCGCGGCCGUUGGCCGUCCUUUCCUCAUUAGCAGCCGUGCUCUCACCCGUUGCUGCUGAACAGCUCCUGAAGUCGACCUCGCUCAAUACGUGCCAAGAGGACUCCGGAUUCACGGCCAGUCUCUUCAAUGUUGUUUUCUACCCUAGCAACAACACUGCCUCCGUCAACAUUUUGGCCGUCUCGUCCGUUCAAGGCCACGUUAUCUUCGAUGUCGCCAUUUCGGCCUACGGUUACGAGUUCAUUCGCACCACCGUCAACCCCUGCGAUGCCAACCUCGCUGGCUUGUGCCCCAUGACCGCUGGCAAGAUCCCUCUGCCCUUCAACCUCAAAGUCGACCCCAGCGCUGCCAAGCAGAUUCCCGGCAUUGCCUACACCUUUCCCGAUCUCGACGCCAAGGUCCGGGUUCGCAUCAACGCGACCGAUGGCGAAAAGGCUGGCCAGAGUCUGGCCUGUGUCGAGGCUGAUAUCUCCAACGGAAAGACGGUUGACCUUGUCGGCGUCAAGUGGGCCACCGCUAUCAUCGCUGGUCUCGCUCUGGCUUCCUCGGCCGUCGUCUCUGGUCUUGGCCACUCGAACGCCGCUUCCCACUUGGCUGCUAACGCGAUGUCUCUUUUCGGGUACUUCCAGGCUCAAGCCAUGGUCGGAAUGAGCAGUGUCCCUCUCCCGCCCGUCGUCCAGUCGUGGACCCAGGAUUUCCAGUGGAGCAUGGGCAUCAUUCGCGUCGGUUUCAUGCAGAAGAUCUUCACCUGGUACCAGCGGGCUACUGGCGGAACGCCGUCUACUCUGUUCGACUCCUUGACCACUGUCUCCGUCCAGGUCGAGAAGCGCGCUCUGCUCAGGCGAGGCUUGGAAGCUGCCGCUCCCGCUCUGAACAUGUUCAAGCGGGCUGUCGCCAUGAUGCCGAGGGGCGCCGUUGAGGGAGCCAACACCCUGGCCAAGCGUGGAAACAUCCAGACCGGUUCUGGAUCUUACAUUGUCUACGGUAUCCAGCGUGUGGCCUUCCGCGCCACCAUCGAGUCGACCAACCUCUUCAUGACCGGCCUGACCUUCUUCUGCAUCUUUGUCGUUCUCACCGUUCUCGGCGUGGCUGCCUUCAAGGGCUACUGCGAGCUCGCCGUCAAGAACAAGUGGAUGAAGAGCGAUACCUUCCUCGAGUUCCGCAAUGGCUGGUUCACCGUUCUGAAGGGUAUCCUCUUCCGCCUGGCUCUGAUUGGCUUCCCUCAGAUGACCAUCCUCUGCCUGUGGGAGUUCACCCAGGUCGACUCGGCUGCCGAGGUUGUCCUUGCCGUCUUCUUCUUCUUUGGCCUCCUCGUCACUCUGGGAUGGGCUGCCUUCAAGGUCAUUCGCAUCGCCCGCCGCUCCGUUGCCAUGCACCGCAACCCUGCCUACAUCCUCUUCUCGGACCCCCAGGCCCUGAACAAGUGGGGUUUCCUCUACGUCCAGUUCCGUGCUUCGGCCUACUACUUCAUCGUUCCCUUCCUUGGAUACCUGCUCAUCAAGGGAAUCUUCGUUGCCUGCGCGCAGCACAACGGCACUGUCCAGGCUAUCGCUUUUGUUCUGAUUGAGGCCGCUGCUCUGAUUGCUGCCAGUGUUCUGCGCCCCUGGAUGGACAAGAGCACCAACUCGUUCAACAUUGCCAUCUGCGUCAUCAACUUCCUCAACGCCAUCUUCCUGUUGAUCUUCUCCGACGUGUUCAACCAGCCCCCCUUGGUCACUGGUGUCGUCGGUGUCGUUCUCUGGAUCGCCAACGCAAUCUUCGCCCUGGUUCUUCUCAUCAUGCUGAUCGUCACAACCGUGAUUGUCUUCUUCCGCAAGAACCCCGAUGCCAGGUACCAAUUCAUGGCCGAUGACCGUGCUUCUUUCAUGAAGUCGCAGACCGGCCUCACCACCACCACCGAGCUCGACGCCCUGGCAGCGACUGCCCGUGGUGACAAGGCCGGGUACAAGGGUGGCCUCGACCUGGACGACGAUGCGGACUCGAUCUCUUCCGACUCUCUCCGCCGACGCGCCGAUCCCGCCAACCACCCUCUUCCUCCCUCUACCGCCAACUCGUACAGGGAUCCUCCUCGCUCGCCCGUGGACCCUUCAAUGCCAUUGUUCCCUGCCGAUGGCCGUCGCCCGCCUCAGCAGCCGCAUCAGGCCCAGAACCCGUACAACAAUGGGUACGGCAACAACCAGAUGAGGUCACCAAGCCCCUACAACGGUUCUGCUUCGAACCUGUCCUCUGGGUACCGGUCGCAGAACAACGCUAGUCCCGCUGGUUUCAGGUCUCAGAACAACGCCAGCCCGUGGCAACGUGGUGCCGGUUAUGAGCACUAA